GGCCUGGGCUGGCUGACUGACUGGCUGCUGCUGAGGCUGUCCGCUCCGGGCUCUGGUUCCUCUGCGCUGCACAGACUGAACCUUCUCCCUCUACUGAUUCCCGUGUUUAACCUCCUUCUUGGUCACCGUGCUGGACGUGUCUCCCACGGAGGAUAUAUGUUCUGUAAAGGUGCGAAGCGAAAGUUGGAAGAGGAUGAAGAGGGCCUGGAAGGCAAAACGCUGGAGGCGUCGGUGGCGGGAGGGGGGAUAGGCUGUGCUCUGGAGGGUCUUUCUAAGGUGUCCUACACCCUGCAGAGACAGACCAUCUUCAACAUCUCCCUGAUGAAGCUCUACAGCCAGCGUCCCCUUGGUGAACCAAGCCUGGAGCGCCGCGUCCUCAUCAACAACAUGCUCCGACGCAUCCAAGACGAACUCAAGCAGGAGGGCUCCCUGCGGCCGCUGUUCCUCCCGCCUUCGCCACCGCCCGACGACCCCAUGGAUGAGGGAUUUCGCGAGGCACCGCCAUCUUUUGGCAUCCUGUCUGCAGCGGCGCAGGUUUCCCAGCCGUCUACACUGUUGAUGCAGGGGAUUCCUCCGCCGCCUUCGCCUCAUCCCAUGGUGCCUCCCAACUGCCAGGCAUCCCAGCGAGCGGAGGCCUGCCCCGCCCCUCUGGAGGCCUGCCUCACUCCAGCCUCUCUGCUGGAAGAGGAUGGUGGGGAUUCAGCUUUCUGUGCCCCAUCCCCACCCACUCCUCCUCUGUCUCCGCCCCUGUUGCCCCCAUCUUCAGCACUAAUGAGCCAGGUGUCCUCUAGUGUUCCUGUGCCUGACUUAUCAAAUGACAGUUUCUCGUCCACUCCUAGUGACAUGGAGCUGGGUCCUCCCACAGCCAUUACAAGGACGGCAGCAGCUAAUACUCUGACCAUAACUACCUCCCCCACUUCAACCACACAGUCCCCAUUCUCUGCCCCUACAGGCUCAACCAGAGACUGCAGGACAGUGGGUGCUAAACCAGAGGCAGCUGCUGUUUUCCUGGUGGAGAGCCGCUGUGCUGAACUCCGACAUACAGACGCUCUGCCCACACAUUCCCCUGGUAGCCUGGAAGACAUGUCCCCCUCGCCUUCUUCUCCUCCAUCUUCUUCUUCUUCCCCCUCGGGUUUUCUCUCGGACUUGGCGCUGGACGACGUCCUGUUCGCUGAUAUCGACACGUCUAUGUAUGACUUCGACCCCUGCACCACAGCAGGGGCCGUGGGCACCACGACGGGGGGCGGCGGCAGCAACGGCCUCGCCAAGCUUUCACCCAUGGUGAACACAGACGACCUCCUCAAAACGCUGGCAUCUCCAUACAGCGGCUCUGCCCCCCAGGUUUCAGCCAAUCAGCCUUUUAAAAUUGAUCUGACAGAACUAGACCACAUCAUGGAGGUGUUGGUGGGGUCGUGAUUUCAGCGACGCCCCUCUGCCACCUCUGAAACUUUUUAAAAUAUCUGGAGAACUGACUGGAUGGAAAAUUUGGGAUCUUUUUUUUUCUUUUUCUUCUCUUUUUAUCUCUUUAAAAGACUUUCUUCUAUGGUCGGUAAUUGUAAACAUCGAAGGUGAUGUCAAUAAGUACUACUAUGACAACUACUACUUCUACACAACACUGUUCAUGCACUGUGCUCGCCUUUGUAGGUGUGGAAGUGAAGUAACGAGGAAACAAAGCAUACACAUAUUUUGUAUAUCUAUACUUGUGAGGAUCUUGAUCAAUUCCCUCAUUCCCUCCUUCUAAUCCUUUAUCUAAAGCUAAGCCUUAACCUGAAGAGUAACUGUAAAUAUUUUUAUUUUAAAUCCAUGUGGGGAUAUGCACUCCUCACAGGUACAGAAAUACAAAAACGAACAUUUACACACACACUGUAAUUAUGACUUUUAGCAGCUGAGUGCCUUUCAAAUGACCACUUUAGUUCCUCUUUUUACAGUAUUUUUUAUCCACUCUUCUCACUUUAACAGCCCACUGAGGUCACUCAAUGUUCGUAUUUAAUUUAUUAUAUUGUAUUAAAAAAACUUUUAAGGUAAUUAUACAUGAUCAAAUGAUGAUUAUUUAACCUUUAUCUUAUUACAGAUAAAAUGUUUUAAAUUGUGAAGCAUUUAAAAAGGAACACAUUGUUUAAUCAGUUAAUAUGGGGUACCAAAAGUGACACAAUGUAAUAAAUAAAUAGCCAGGUAAAUAGUUAUUUAAACUGAAAUCCAAAUUAAUUGAUAGAUAAUUAAUAGUUAACUUAAUUUUUUUCUAUGAAAUUGGGCAGUUAUUUAUUGAAUAUGGAAUUAAUUAUAUGGUUACAGUCAUUCAUGAUUAUUUUUGUAUUAUGUAAGUCACUGUGCCUUGCUAGCUUGUGCAGCACAUGUACUUCAGACCAAUAUGGACCAAAAAGUGCUGUUAGCCCCUCUUUUUUAUGGGUAAGGUUGAUGUGUAAUUGUUUUUGUAGUCGUUUGUUUAUUACAUUUUGGCACAUUUGGACCCCCAUAGUUUUACAUAUUAGCCUGGCUCUACAAUAAUGCUUUUAGGAGUAGCUCUAAAACACAUUACCAGGUUGUUUGAACUUCUUUUGCUGGAAGGGAGUGUCCGUUUGUGUACAUAUGAUGUCUACAAUUCAAUGCAAGACUUUCCUUUUUUUUUUUUUUUCGCCCCCUACCCAUGAACCUCUGCCUGUCUCUCCACCUUAUUGGCAGUCGCAUAUAACUGCUGGUUGUUGUUUUACAUGAGCUUGGUUAUAUCAGCCAGUUAUCACGAUCCAGUUGCAGAGGUAUUCAAAUGAACUGCACCCACUGGUAAGCGUGUUUACAUAAGAAGGAAACACAGCCUGCUCCACUGUCUCUGUUGGUCGUAGAUGAUCUGAAAACGACCCAAGAAAAUGGCUAAAUGCAAUGAAGUGAGAUGGAGUUAAUGCAUUUUCAGGGGCAGAAAACACAUUUUUGCAAUUUGGUAAAAUACUGAUAAAUGUAUAACACCGGGGCUUACAGUAUUACUCGCACUCCCCGGUUCGAUGGAGUAUGUUUACAUGCAUUAGUUAUAGAGUAAUCCUGCUCCUUUAAUUUAUGCAUUGAUAAAUAUUGUUUUCUCGAAAACAUCCAAUAGCGAGAUGUACAAAUCUGCCACAUUAAAAAAAAAAAAUCAAUUCAGAUUUCCCCUGAAGUGGGAAACCAAAACCACAGUGUUAACCCAAUGCUACAACCAUGCAGCAGACUGUGGUGCAUUAAACAACACAGAACCAUUUUUUCUGACCUUAAUCUCUAUCACUACAAACAGCACAUCACAUAACAAAAAUCAGUAUGUGAGCUUUUAUGUUAUAAUUCCAUGUUUUCUGCAACAUGUAAGAAGCAACAUUUCUGAUAACUUCUGGCACUUUUCCUUUACGUGGAACAGAAUGAUACAGUGCAACCU